GGGCCAAGCCUUGUAAAAGGAGAAAGAUUUCAGAGCGAGGCUGUCUAAGAGGCACAGACGGGCACCACGUCUCGCCAGCUGGCGACCCUCUUUAUUCACAGGAAUUCUCCAGAAACUGUGUUGAGACUUGUGCUGGCUGAGCUGGGGCUGUGAAAGAAAGCAGAGAAGAGAACGGGCAAAUGAGAGGAAGGAAAGAGGACAGAAGGUUCCCGUGAAGAAGGCUAGCAGAGCAGGAAAGAAGCACCAGGACUCUUAGGAGUGGGCCGGUGGUGGGUGGGGACCAGCAAGAGAUCAGUUAUUGCAGGUUAACUUAGGAAAUACGCCACCCCCGGCAAACCUAGUUGUUUAUAAGCAGCGAAGGAAAGGAAGUCGACGGAAGAGCACAGGACAGAGGAAAAGGCUCGGUGCUGGAGGGAGGAACGGUUCAGAGAAAGAUCAAUUAAAGAAAGAAAAAAGAAAAAAAAAUCGCAAGAAGUUGAGUGAGACUAUAGGGAAGAGAAACUAGAAACAGAAAUAGCCUCGAGCAGCACCAGCAGACGAGGUGACCGAGGCGUAAGUGAGCACAGGGAGAGGAAAUAACGGCAAGCAAAGAAGGGAAGGAGCAGAGAAGAGAAGCACGUGCAUGUAAAGGGGUUGAAAGAGGGCUUGGCGUGUCACCCUGCUGCCCUGCCUUCUUUACCCUCCAUGGCAGCCCCAACGGGAGUGGAAGAUUUUGCGGAGGACCUGCGUUGUUCCAUCUGCCUGGAGCUCUUUUCGGAUCCCGUCAUCCUGGAAUGUGGGCACAACUACUGCCAGGCCUGCAUCGCCCGUUACUGGGCAGAGAUUCCUGCCAAUGGCGGGGAGGACGUGCCGCAUCCCACCUGCCCAGAGUGCCGCCGUGAGAUCCCAGACGGCAAGUUCACGGUCAACCGGGUGCUGGGGCAGCUGGCCCAGAAGGCUAAGGAGUCUCUCUCGGCUCACACCAGUGACGAGGAUACCAAAUCUGAUGAGAAUGAUGAAGAGAUGCAGGGGGACCAGCUCUUCUGCUCCGACGAUGGCUGCCUGGUGAGGGCAUUGCAGCCAGAGCACUGGGGGCACCGGUGCCUCCCUCUGGAUGAGGCUGUGGAGCACUACAAGGAGAUCUUAUCAGCUGCUCAAACAUCCCUGGAAUCCAAAGCUCAAGCAGCAAAAUCACUGCAAGAUCAGAGUGCCCAGAAAGUUCCAGAAAUCACAGCCCAGCGGCUCAGACUGGAGCAGCAUCUCUCGGCCCAGUUCAUCGAGCUCCACCAGUGGCUCCAGGAGAAGGAGGCAGCCAUGAGGAGGGAGAUCCGGCGUGAGGAAGAGCUGCUCCUCAGUGAACUGGAGAGGAACCAGCGCAACGGGCAAGAGCAGAUCCGUGCGGCUGAGGAACAAGUGGCCAAAAUCCAAGCCUGGCUUGAUCAUCAGGACCCUGAAAUCUUCCUCAAGGGAAUCAAAGCCUUCACAGACAAGUAUUGCCCCACGGAGGAAAAGGGCUCCACAUUGCCUGUGGUCUCUCGUGGCUUCAGUUUGGGCCAGUUUAAGGGGCCCAUUCAGUAUUUGGUGUGGAGAGAGAUGCUGCCAUUUCUGAGACCUUCUCCGGGUCUUAUAACCUUGGAUCCCAGCACCAACCACCCCAAUCUCGUACUCUCCCAGGACCUUGCCAGUGUUUGGCUGGAGGACAACCCUGAGGAGGAUGUCCCAGAUGGGCCCGAGCGGUUCAGCAAGACGGUGUGUGUGCUGGGUGCCCAAGGCUUUACCUCGGGACGCCAUUACUGGGAAACAGUGGUGGGUGAUAAAACCAGCUGGGACAUCGGCGUGGCAAAGGAAUCGGUCAAUCGGAAAGAAGCCAAAGUGACAGUCAAGCCCAGCAAUGGAUUCUGGGCCAUCUGGUUGCGGAAUGGCAGCGAAUACAAGGCCCUCGAUUCUCCCUCUAAGCAGUUGUCCCUCCAGGCAAGGCCUCAGAAGGUGGGGGUCUACCUGGAUUAUGAAGGAGGACAGGUCUCCUUCUACGAUGCUGACACCAUGGCCCACAUUUAUACCUUUUCAGAUGUUUUCUCCGAGCCUCUCUAUCCCAUGUUCAGCCCUGGAGUAAACAAGGAUGGACUAAAUGCUGAACCCCUUCACCUCCUGCCCCCACGGGCAUAGGGAGAACCAUGCACAGCAUUGGUUGAGCUCACCUGGACUUAAUUCUGGUUCUGAAUGUCUGGGAGUGCCUGGGUUUUGUCACCUGGUUAAAGCCAAGUGGGUGUGGCUGAUGAUGCCUGUAUGGAAGAUUACUAGGAAGAGCAAAAUAGGCAGAUGAUAAAUAAACAAGACUUUUUAUUUCCACACAUCCCAGCAAAAGCAACCUGCUAUGUACCAAGCUUCUUGGACUCUGGAGCGUGCAUGGAUUCUGCCUUGGAACCAGGACUUCCUAAACUGGCUUCUGUUUCCCUCCUAGUCUUCCUAACCCAUGAAUAUAUAGAUACCAAGAUUUAUUUGAAA